AUGCGGUGGACGCUUCUGCUGCUGCUGCUACUACUACUGCUGAUGGAGCAGAGCCAGAGCCUGGCUGGACUUUCCCAGGAGACGAUCCCCCUCUUCCGACUCACUCGUCAGGGACCCUAGGACAACCACGACAGCCACGCCACCGACUCGUCCUGCCAGGGGCUCCCCGCUGCGGGAGCCACGUCCCUGACCCUGGCGAACCGCAGCCUGGAGCGCUUGCCCAGCUGUCUGCCACACACGCUGCGCAUCCUCGAUGGCAGCCACAACCUGCUGCGCGCCUUUGGCGGGCCUGAGUUCGGUCGCCUGUCCGAGCUGCACAUGCUCACCCUGAACCAUAACCGCAUCUCCUUGCUGCACUGGAGCAACGGCACGCCAGCCAUGCUGCAGGAGCUCGACCUCAGCCACAACCUGCUGGUCAGGCUACCCCCCUGCACCGGGUCCCCGGUGCGCCACCUGCGCUCUCUGGCGCUGGCGGGGAACCCACUGGGGGCGCUGCAGCCACGGACCUUCGCAUGCUUCCCCGCGCUGCAGCUUCUCAACCUCUCCUGCAGCGAGCUGAGCCACAUCGCCCAGGAGGCGUUCGUUCAGGAGAACGGAGGGCCCCUGGAGGCUCUGGAAGUCUUGGACCUUAGCAGCACUCACCUCGAGCGAGUUGAAUCUGGGUGGAUCAGAAACCUGCCACAGCUCAAGUCCCUCUACCUGAGAAAGAUGCCCAGGCUGAAGACACUGGAAAGAGACGUUUUCAAGAUGACUCCUAACCUGCAGCAGCUGGACUGUCAAGAAUCCCCAGCACUUACUUCCAUCCACACAGAGAUCUUUCAAGACACACCUUGUCUACAAGUCCUUCUGUUGCAGAACUGCAACUUGAGUUCCUUUGGUCCUUGGAUUGUGAAUUCUUCCCAAGUCUUGUCUGUCAGCCUCUUUGGCAACCCUCUCACUUGCAGCUGUGAGCUGGCUUGGCUUCUCAUGGAUACAAACAAAACUGUCUUACACAGGGCAGCAGAUACCAUGUGUGAACUCACUUCAGGAUCCGAGGACCCCCUCUCUGGUCCCCUCUCUCUCGUCCAGCUAUCUGAUGUGUGCAGGCCAGACCAAAGAACCACCCUCCUGGCUUCAAACCCGCCCCACUUUGAUCAUUCAGUUUCUGCACCACGGACACAGGGGCCUUCCAUUGGGCAGAGCACAACCCCAUCUGCUCAGUCUGGAGGAGGCCAACAAAAUAUCACCAAGGUCCCCUCCCACACCACGGCUUCUCUUACACACGGGUCAUGGAUGCAUAGCGGUACUUCAGAGGAAACUCCUCGGUCCACUACUGACUCAGUGACAAUUUACCAUCCCUCUAAGACUCCGCCUGGUGCUGCCAACCGGAGGACACAAGCCACCACCAAAGCUCUCCACAUACAGCCUCCACAGGAUGAGAUUCCAGUCGUGCUGUUAGAUGAUGAGAGCGAGGAGGAUGAGACUCACGGUCAGGGGGUAGCACCUCACCAGGAUGUCUCUUGUGAUUACCACCCCUGCAAGCAUCUGCAGACUCCAUGUGCAGAGUUACAGAGGCACUUCAGAUGUCGCUGCCCUGGUCUCAGUGGGGAAGAUACCAUCCCAGACCCUCCCAAGCUGCAGGGGGUUUCAGAAAUGACCGACACAUCAAUGCUCAUCCACUGGUGUGCCCCCAACUCAGUGGUGCACUCGUACCAGAUCAGCUACCUGGCAGAAGGAAAAUCUGGGAACCAGUCAGUAGUGGACAUCUAUGCUACAGCCCGACAGCACCCCCUGUACAAGCUGUCACCAAGCACCACCUACCAUGUGUGUGUACAGGCAGCCAACAGGGCUGGCCUGAGCCAGCAGCAGACCUCAGGCUGGAAGAGGUCAUGUGCCACCUUCACAACCAAGCCCAGCUCUGUGGUCAUCUUCUGGGGACUGUGCACCUCCCAGGGACUGUUACUAGUUUGCACCCUGGUGCUGUCUGUGUGUCUCUGGAGACAGCGCUGGAAGUCACACAGGCAGUACUAUGACACAGACCUGGUGGCCUUCAAAAACCCAGCUAGGGCUGAGGAAGUAGCUCAGUGGUAGUGACUUCCCUAUGCACAAGGCCUUGGGUUUGUCCCCAACAUGAAAAUCAGACACAUUUGAGGCUUUGGGUUAAUCUCUAGUGACCAAAUUAAACAACAGACCAGUAUUUGACCUGCUGAGGCUCCAGACCUUCAAUUAUCCCAGCUUCUUUCUUCCAAUCGAACCAUGUCUUCAUGCAGAAAUUACAACCUAGUGCAUAAAAACAGCACUUUUGAGUCCCACCUUCCCCAAAGCCAGCAUGCCUCUCACAUACUCAGUACUCUGUUCCUUCCUUCUGUUCCUCCUCUAACUGUUCUCAGUAACCUGACAGUCAACACCAGACAGUUCUACUGGCAGCUGUCAUUCUGCCCUGUCCUCUUGGAGUUUUUCAGCCAUUGGUGUCUCCCUCAGUAUCCACUGGGAGAAAACAAAGCAAUCGUAACAAGGAACAAAACUUUUGGAAAUGCCAUCCUUAAGUUUCUUGCAUGGAAGUUGCCUUGUGGCCCCUGGUGUUAGCAUGAGUUGAUAGCCAAGAGCUGGUGGUCAAGGAAGAGCUACUGGUUUCCUAAGGAUUUAUUAGUUGCAUUUCAAUGUGUGUCGGAACAUGUAUUUCAAGCUUUCCAGUUAAAACUAGCCUUCUCGUAACAUCUGUGAAACAUAGGAAAAGACUAUUUGCUUCUAGGGUUUCCUGCAUGUCACUCAAGACUCAAUAGACAAAAGUAGUGUGAAUUUUAUUGCUUAGACAAGGUCUUACUGUGCAGCCCAUACUGGCCUCAAACUUGGGAGCCUCCUGCCUCUCUCUCCAAAUGCUGGGAUUACAAGAGUUUGGAGAGGAGGUAAAACUGAACCCACAAAGACUGAUUGAAUCCAUCUCUCAUCUCCAGGACAGGUUGAAGCACAAAUGCCAUGCUGCAGAAAGCAAGCGUAUCCUAGCUGGAGGCGGUAUGAAUACUUACACACUUGUGAAUGGCUAAGUAUUCAAGCAUGUUUUCAACAUCCUAAAACAUAUCCCUAGUUUCAUUAAAUAUAUGCCCCAAGAGAAUUGGAGUAAGCAUUUGAAAGACCUCCCCUACAACCCUGCUUAAAAGUUAAAGUCAAAAGUGUGCAUUAGUAUUGUCCUAAGACAAGUAAUUAAAUGGCCCCAGUGUUUUAGCCUACUCUCAAGAAUGAGUCUAGCCAGUCAGUAGUGGUGCAUGCCUUUGGUCCCAGCAGCAAUUGAGAGAGACAGAGGCAGGCGAGGUGGAUCUCUGUGAGUUCGAGGCCAGCUUGGUCUACAGAGCGAGUUCCAGGACAGGCUCCAAAUUUACACAGAGAAACCCUGUUUCGAAAAACAAAAAGUUCUAUGGAGACACUGAGAUAAAUUUGCCAAUCUGUAUACAUAAAUGUAUACUCUAGUAUUUGCAUUCAAAUACAACUCCAGUAUUUUAAAAAGAACAUGACACACACCUUUAAUCCCAGCAUUCGGGAGGCAGAGGCAGGAGGAUCUCUGUGAGUCCCAGGCCAGCCUGAUUUACAGGGUGAGUUCUAAGACAUCCAAGCCUACACAAAGAAACCGUCUCGAAAAACAAAAAACAAAACAAAACAAAAAAAAGAAAAUGGACAGAAUGUAGUUUUUUAAACAAAAACCAUUAGGACAUUUGAACUAUUUUGUAAGCGUUGAUAUGGGAAAAGUGUUGGUCAGAGCUAGAUCAAAACCCCUCAUAGUAAGGAUACUAAAGGUCAACAAUAAGCAAAUAUAAUAAAGCAGAAUAAACAACUAA